GGGGGCGAGGGGUCAGGCGCACGGGCAUUUCCCCCCGGCACGUCAAGUGAUGCUUUCAGGGUGGCUUUGAGUGCCCAAUGGGCGGCUGAAGGAAGCCGGCGUUUUCAGCAAGGCGACACAUCCCCCUUGCUUGGAUUACGCGCUGGGCUGCGGAUCCCGCGCAGCCUGGAUCCUGAAGCGCCAGAGGCUGUUCCGAGGACGUGGACAAAGCCAGCCGGGAGCGCCUGUUCUGUGAGGUUGAGGAAGGGCAGGCAAGCGGCUGAUCGGAAACGGUUGUUCCCUGGAAGGUUCCUGAACUGUUUUGCAUUUCCUGAAAGGGGAGACGGUGGCCAUGUGCCCGUGAGCCAUGGUUUUGCAGAACACGGAAGCCAUGGGGGUGCUCAGCCAGUCCGAGUGCUGCCCCUACCCAGCCGCCCUGGGGAAGGACCACCUCGAAGAAGCCCCCGAGUGCCACCACCAGUCCCCAGGUGAGGGGGGCUCCGCGACCAAGAGCAAUACAGAAGGCGACUCUCUUUCCUCGGAAAGCGGAUCGAGUCCGGGAGGCGGCUUGAGUGACUGUACAGCAGACGAUGAAGUCAGCAGCACGGAGAGUGCUCAGAACGGGGGACACAACCUCUGCACAGUUGCAGCUUCCAACUAUGCCGUGCCUCUUUCACAGAAUGGGAGUCCCUGGACACCCCGAAACGGGUGUUGCACCACGGGAGAGUCGCAACGGCAGCACUUGGCGAUGAGCAAGAUCUCGGCCCUUGAAAACAGGAUCAAGGAGCUGCAUCAUCAGAAAAAGGAACUGAACAUAGAGAUGGACCUGGAAGGUGCCUUGCUGGAAGGGGAACUGAACGAGGAGAGGCAGGAGCUGAGACGGGAAGAGAAGCGGCUGCUGGAGCUGCAGAGGCGCCUCGUGGAGACGGAGCGGAGGAGCCACGCCGAAAGGGAGAAGGAGAAGGUGAGGCUGCAGCAGGAGCGUCACAAGGUAGAGGAGCUGCGCCGGCAACAUGCUGAGUCUCAGGUUCACCUAGACAAUCAGCCCGAAUCCAUGCGGGAGCGGAUGCAGAGCCAGCUGCAGGAGACUUCAGAAAUGCUGGAAGGAGCCCUGAGGUGCUAUGAAGAUCUAGAGUUUCAGCUGCUGGAACGAGAAAGUCGGCUGGAGGAGGAGAAGGAGGCAGCCUGCCAGGCUCUGGCUGAAGAGAUCACCCAGCUGCAGAACAGCAUCAACCAGAGGAAGAAGACAGUGCAGAAGCUGGAAGGACAAGCCCGUCUCACAAAGGAACAAAUGGUAGACGAGUGCCAGCGGUUUGCCCAGGAGAAGGGCGAGGCCGUGAAGAAUCUCAACGCAGAGAGAAGUCGCCUAAUGGAGGUGGGCCAGGAAUAUUCAGAGGAGAGCGGGGAGGACUCUUCGGAAAGCAAACAGGGGGUCACUCAGCUCACUUUCACCCGGAAGACGGAUCGGAAGGUCAUUGUGUUGGGUUCUGACCAGUCCGACUCAUCUUCCUGUGUCUUCUCCGUCCGCAGCUCUGUCAAGGGUUCCAUAGGAGUACAGAGGACGGCAAGCCUUCCCCGUAGGCGAGGGGAACGCAUCAAACCCCGGACUGCGGAGCGUCCCCUCUCAAUGCAUGGUGCUCUGGACUCCAGUGUACUGGCAGCACAGCUCUCUGGUGGGAGCAAUGGACGCUAUCUGGGCAGUCCAAACCUGCAGUUCUCACGUCUCCAGAACCCCCUCUACCAGCUGCUGGGUGGUCAAAGAGCUGCGGGGCAUCUAGGAGGAGGCACACAAGGAGCCUACAGCCUGGGGAACUGCGUCACUAAGUUGGCUGAGAUGGAGCUGAAAGUGCGGGAGGCCAUGGCAGAGAGAGAGCGGUUGCUGCAGGAAAGGCAGGAGGCCAAGAAAGCAGCUGAGGAGGCAAAGCGCAUGGAGCUGCCCCCAUCAGGCAAGGAUCCCAACCCAGUGGAGAUCCAGGAGCCAAAACCGGCCGUGUUCGACCUGCGCAAACACCUGGAAGCAUCGGGGCACAGCGUGGACACCUGCCCACACGUGCGGGUGACCAGCAAGUCCUGCAAAGGCUACCUGGUCAAGAUGGGUGGCCGCAUCAAGACCUGGAAGAAGCGCUGGUUCACCUUCGAUCGCCAGAAGCGUGUCCUAGCAUAUUAUGCGGACAAGGAGGAAACCAAGCUAAAGGGUGUGAUUUACUUCCAGGCCAUUGAAGAAGUUUACUAUGACCAUCUCCGCAGUGCUUUCAAGAGCCCCAGUCCCAAGAUGACCUUCUGCGUCAAGACCUAUGACCGGCUGUUCUGCAUGGUGGCGCCCAGCCCAGAGGCGAUGCGCAUCUGGAUGGAUGCUAUCGUCACGGCAGCGGAGGAGAAUAGUCGCUACUGAUGGACAUCACUUUCUAGGGAUUUGAUCCGUCAGGCUUGACAAUGGACCGCAGUGCUUGGCCCCAAGGAGCUUCUGUGUAGAAAUGACAGCUCCUCUCAGUCAAGGACCCCAGCUGCAGGACAGCGAAUGGGAGAGGCUGCAUAUGCUUGGGUUUGGUUGGAAGGACAGCUCCUGCAUGGUUCUUCAGAUCUUUGGUCAAUGGGAUGGAAUCUGAGUUCCAAAUGGGGCAAUUGCUACAUCGGGUUAUUGGCAGUGCCUGCUGUCGGUGGCCUGACUAGCAAUGGUUCUGGUCUUUUAAUGGAUCGAUUCAAAGGGGUCUUCGGAUCGUUCCCUCCAUUCAAGAAGACCCGGACAAUGUCUUGGCAGGUAGAACCUGUUGAUGUGAGCUCCAGCUGGUUCUGUAACAUGUGAAUUCCGUUUCAAAGAAUCAGAAAAACUUCUUUGGACUCUGCUUCCUCUUGGCUAGCAUCUGCCAAAGAAAGCAAGCUGUUUGCAGAAAAGGGAGGACUUGGUAUGAAUUUUAACUCAGGAGUUGGCCAGAAUUUUCAUGACUUGCAGGAGAAAAGAUUCAGAUGUCCUGUCCAGUGGUCCUAGAUGCUCACCAGUUGGAGGAAGUCAUUACUCACUCUAAUCCUGGCUGGAUUAGGUUUGCUCCUGGUUGUGACUACUCAGGCCAGACAUGUUUCAAAACUUGCCUUUGACUUAGAUGUGAGCAACCAGGCAAAGCUUCUCUGAUAGUGCUUUGCCACAGUGCCUUGACAUACAUUUGUCUAGAUUAUGAAAGACACUCUUAAUAUGUGUGGAAAACCUCUUCUCAGAAACACAACUCCACUAAGCAGAAUAGCAAGAUAACAGCACAUCUGGAAUAGAUCUCCAUAUAUUUAUUGUAUUUUUUGGGUCACUGUCUUUUUUAAAAAUGCCUGGGGAUGCUGUUUAAAGGGGGAAAUGUGUAUAAAACCUAUUUAUUGUAUAAACAUUUUAUGUGAAAGCA